AUGGCAGUCCUCAGAGGGACGUACUCGUCCGGUCGUCUGCUCACCACUUGUGUGCUACUCUGCAUUCUCCUCUCGGCCCUGACCUUAUACGGCAAGCCCUCGCCGGAUCAUGGUGGCAGCACUGGUUCAAGCCUCAUCCAGGCGCUCAAAUCACCCUUUGCAACAUUCUUGCCAAAGGGACAGAAGCGCGAUGAAUAUCUAGCCAUUUGCAUGGCUGUACGGAACCAGGGGCCCGACCUCCCUGAGUUCUUACAGCACCACUACUAUAGGAUGGGCAUCAAGCGCAUUUACAUCCUGGACGACGGCUCGACGCCGCCAAUGUCGGAAUUUGUGGACACUUUCGGCGUGCCCAAGUCUGCAGUCACCUUUGUCUACUACAACGAGACGCAGCGCGUCGGAUCCAUGCAGUACCACAUGUACAACGAGUGUGCCGGCGUCUACGGCACGAACCACACGUGGCUGGCCUUCAUCGACACGGACGAGUUCUUCGACGCGCCCGGCGGCGAGAGCAUCGAGACCGUGCUCCGGCAGCUGGAGCUGCGGGACGAGGUCGGCGGCCUCGGGGUCAACUGGCAGAUGCACACGUCCAACGGGCACCUGACGCGGCCCGAGUCCGUCCGCGAGGCCUACACGCAGUGCAUCUACGACGACGCCGAGCACAACGGCGAGGCCUCGGACAACAAGCACGUCAAGUCCAUCGUGCGCGUGCGCGACUACGCCGGCCCCAUCAACCCGCACAUGUUCAACCUGGCCCCGGGCAAGAUCACCGUCGGCGAGGACGGCGUCGACAUUGCCCACUGGGCCUUCCGCCAGCCCAUCUCCCGCAACCGGCUCAGCCUGCACCACUACGCCGUCAAGAGCCGCGAGGACUACCUGCAGAAGAUGAACCGGAGCAACGCCAUGGAUCAGCCCAAGGGCUGGGAGUUCUGGAACCACGUCGAGCACGAGCUGCCGCACGUGCUGUGCGAUGACAUGCUGCGCUGGUUGUAG